AUGGUGCUCCUGGCCAGAUGUGAGGGGCACUGCAGCCAGGCAUCACGCUCAGAACCCUUGGUGUCCUUCAGCACUGUCCUCAAACAACCUUUCCGUUCCUCCUGUCACUGCUGCAGACCUCAGACCUCCAAGCUGAAGGCUCUGCGCCUGCGCUGCUCAGGGGGCAUGCGACUUACUGCCACUUACCGGUACAUUCUCUCCUGUCACUGUGAGGAAUGCAGCUCCUGAGGCUUGCUGCUGAUUGGCUUUCUGGCUGAAACAACCACAGGAGCACAUCAAUCAGCCAAAGAAGGACUGGCAAGAAAAGAGUUAAGGCAGACAAAGAUGGAGCAAGUCCCACAGGACUGCGCAUAGUCUAGUCCUAAAGACCUGAUAUGCUUUUGACAGAAAGUGACACUGGGAACUCAUUUUCCAUUCCUAUCUUCUUUCCCUGAAAGAAUUUCUUUUGGUUACUUUUCAGAUUCAGGCAUUUCCCCUGUUGGCUCUGAAUUUGGUUUGGGUUUUUGACAACUCUACAUUAGUGGGAAAAUGCGGGGCCCUGUGCAAGAGUGUGCCAGGCAGUCUGUAUUUGGUGCUUAUUAGGGAAGAAUUUACCCAACUUUUCUUAGGGGAUCUUCAUUUGUUGUUUUACCUUGUCAUUUUGGUUUAAGAUUUGCCUCUAAAGGUUACCUGUUUCAAGUUACAGACAUCAAGUCCAUGUAUACGUUUAGUGAGUUUAACUGCUACUAAAAUAACUAACACACAAGUUCUUUUAUGUGACUGCACAACUCCUGACAGCUAUGGUUAUUAUUCAGAAAUUACUUAAGAAAUAUAAAGGUGGCAUAAGGAAUGUAUAACCUGAAGGCUUUUGCAGGUAAAGGAUGGUAAGCUUUUGUGAGGAAGUAGGCUUUCAAAGACUCUCACACACAUACACUCAGAUGGGUCUUGCACUGACUCUGGAGAAGGCAUAUAUUAUUAGUGGCAUGGAGAACACACCAUACUCAUAAUUAAGAAUUAGUCAAGCAUGUAGGAAUAUAUUUGUAGGUGUGCAAUAGCUUCAGCCAUGUCUUGAGCAUCAUUCUAUAACAUCCACCUUUAUAUGUGAGGCUUGUUACCAUAGUGAUGGCGUGGCAUACCCUCUGAAAAUUUCCUUCCAAUAUAUAUUUGGUCUUUGAGGCUCAAAAUUUGAAUUCUCCCCAUGUUUUGAAAUAAAA